AUGCCUCUCGAGACACUGCUCACCAACCCCAAUAAACCAGUGCCUCGUUCACGUUCUAUCCUCUCAUAUUUCUCCAAUCCGCUCGCAAAUCAUGCCCGGAACAUGUUCGAUCUUGUCAUCGAACCCGAAGAUCCAUUUAGAGUGUAUUCGCCGGGUCAGACUGUAAAGGGACAUAUCACACUCACUGUAACGAAGGGCUUCGACAUAACACAUUUGAUAAUCGCGUUGCAUGGAUAUGCGAAGGUAUACAAACAUCAGGUGACAGCAAAUGAUGCCGUGCCCUCUGCCGAAUUAUUGAUGACUGGAAGAGGUCCACGAAACUUCGAGUAUCACGGCAAUGGCCUCGCGUCGCUCUUUCAAAAUGAACAGGUUCUUUGCGGAAAUGGUUUCCUUAAGAAGCAAGUCUACAAGUUUGCUUUCGAGGUGGCUUUUCCAAACAAGAGCUUGCCCAGCACGAUUGAAUUCGAGCGAGGGAACAUAGCCUAUAUGUUGACCGUCACUCUUACUCGCCCAACGACCAUCAGCCCGACCAUCACUCGUAGCACGAAGUUGAAGUUCCAGGAUAACAUUGACAUAGAAGCGAUGUACACUCCAAAAUCAAGGGUUAUCUCGCUAGAGCCUGUUCACAGGCGCGGCAAAGUCAAGGCAAUCAAAGCCGCAUCAUCGGUCACAACUCAAACUACGCAGAAUACUCAAACCACGUCAAGCGCCGGCCAAUUGACGCGAAACAACACUCAGAAUAGUUCUGCUACUCGAAGUAGCAAUUCCGUUUGCAAUCCACCGCUCAGCCCUGCACCUAGCGACGAUACCGCCCACUCCAACACCACUGCUACAAGCACACCUAGUUUCCAGGUGAUUGAUGCAGACUCACCCCCCGCGAUACGGAGCCCGCACACGAGCGACACUCGAAGCAAUACCACGUCCUCAUCUUCUCACACCAUUACUGCAACGACCGAGCUCCCGAGACAUGGAGCCCUACCCGGAGACACUGUUCCGAUUCGAGUCUCGAUCACGCAUACGAAAGCCGAUGUAAGAGGCAUGGUGAUUGCGACCUUAUAUCGACAAGGUAGGGUAGACAUGCAUCCGGCAAUUCCUCUGGCCACACGAGGGAAGGAGAAAAAGGCAGAAUAUGAAGAUGUAUAUCCCAAGUCGCGGACGGGACUUGGAGGUCUAUAUUUUGCCAACGGCUCACCCAGCAGCGUUUUCAGAAAAGAUCUCGCCCAGUCUUCCACCCUGAUGGUUGUAAACCCUCACACGAUGUCUGCCGAUAUAACAACCUCAGUUCGGAUCCCUGAUACUGCGUUUCCAACAAUAGCCAAUGUCCCGGGAGGCAUGAUAACAUUCACGUAUCAUAUUGAAGUGGUAGUGGACCUUUUUGGACGAUUAAAUGAGACCAGAAUAUUGCCACGACUCACCUCGAGUGAACCAACCUUCACCCACAGUAUGGAGAAUGGCAAUCAAUUAACUUCAGAUUGGUCAAACAACAUCCUGGACACAACUCAAUUGCGACGGACAAAGAGUGUCAUCACCUUUGAGAUGUCUAUCAUUGUAGGCACAGUGGAUAGUGGAAGGAAGCAGCGACAGACUAAGCAGGCCGAAAUUCAAAAGCCAAGUGGCGACCCUCAAUGGGGCGAGGAUGGUUGGUAUGACGGAUAUCACCAUGAAUAUGACGAUCAAUAUUAUGAUGAGAAUGGGUACCAAUAUUAUGAUGGCUACGGCUAUGACCCUACCUACUAUCCGGACUACCAACCUCAAACCGCUGAAGUCAUACCUCCACCAGAAGCACACGAGGAAAUGGAUGAGAAGGCUCGGUUGCGCCGGCAAGAGCAAUUGUUACUUCCUAGUCAGCCACCACAAGAGGGCGAAUCAUCAAGUAGCGCGCUUUUGUACGCACCCACGGCACCGAUGCUGCAGGCUGAUCACGUAUCUGAAAGCGCCGAUACCCACCACGAUGGGUCUGCGACUCCAUCAACUGUUCACCCAGCUUCGGUGGCAUCGGCAAGGUCUGGUGACACCAUCAGACCUUACUCGGCCUCACCCCCACCUGCACCACCAGCUUUUACGGAAAACGAACCUACAGAUGAUAAGCAGGAACUGGAGCGACGACGAUUGCUGGCUCAAGCGAGCGCCCCUCCGGCAGAUGAUAUGCAGACAGAGCCGAGCAGUUCGCAUGGGGCAACCUCGACUGCGACUGCACCAACGAUUAAUGAGGAGGAUGAAUAUAAUGUACAAACACUUCAUCAUGACCAUACAGGGCCGGAUUUGCCACAGUAUGAGCGGUAG